CUCACUGGGUUUUGGGUUAUUGAUUUUAAUGGCGAACAUGGUUAGUGUGGAUGCUGCUGUGGAUUGUGGAGAAGCUUUAGCCGCCUUGAUGCCAUGCCGGUCGUUCUUGGUGGGCGAAGGUCCAGACAAACCCAGUGCACCGUGUUGUGCGGCGGUGCAAACCGUGUAUAAGAUGGCUGGAAGUACGAAAGAUCGUAGGGACUUAUGCACCUGCUUUGUAAAGGCUGCACCUUCCAUCGGAGUCAAGCCUGAGAGAGCUGAAGAACUUCCUCAUGAUUGCGGUAUUACUCUUCCUUUUCCCAUCGUCCCGGACAUUAAUUGCAGCAGUAUACCAGUGACCAUGGGAGUUCUGAACUAAAGAGUUUAAAUGUUU